AUGAGGCUCUUCAUUCUGCUCUCUUUGACUGUCUUUUCAGAUGCCAUGGUCAUGGACGAGAAGGUCAAGGAAAGCUUUGUGCUGGACACAGCUUCUGCCAUCUGCAACUACAGCACCCGCUAUAAAGACCACCCCAAGUACUGGUGCCGAGGCUAUUUCCGGGACUACUGCAGCAUCAUCGCCUUCACACCCAACAGCACCGACCGCGUGGUCCUGAGGGACACAGGAAACCAGCUCAUUGUCACUGUGUCUUGCCUGACCAAGGAGGACACUGGCUGGUACUGGUGUGGCCUCCAGCAUGACUUUGCCAGAGAUGACAUGGACUUUACAGAGCUGGUUGUGACCGAUGACAGAAGAGCCAUCGCCAACGAUUUCUGGUCCGGGCAAGACCUUUCCGGCAACAAGAACAGAAGCUGCAGGGCUUCCAAGGUUAUCCACAAGGCAGAUCACUCCAGGAUGUCCAUUCUCAUCAUUUGCAUACUGAUCACAGGCUUAGGGUUCAUCUCCAUAUUCAGUCGUUUGUCCAGAAGGAGGAGAAACCAAAGAAACAGAAGGGGUAGCUCUUUGAAGUCCCUUCCACGUGUCCUGACUCCAAAGGCAAUGGCUCAUACUGAACAGAUGGGGCUGAAGAUUUCUUUGAUUAAGUUCAUAAAUAAAAUGAUGCUACAAUAG